GAAGGUUUUUUUUGUUCAGAGACAUUUUUACAUCAUUUUACGUAUUGUUCGAAUAUUUUUCUAUAGGACCGUUGAAAAGAAUUAGUCUUUAAGAAUAAUUGCUUGGACAUGAAACACAAGAAAAGCUCUAUUGUAUACACUAUAUCAGACGAUGGUGAGAAAUCCAAAGAAUGUGUCUUACUUAAAAAGUCGUGUUUCAAAAACGAAAAUGAAGUAAUUAAAUCCUGCGAAGUAGUCAAAGAAGAUUACGUUUUAGAACUAAAAGUAAAAGAUGAUCUAAUUUCUGAAAUUGCUGCUUGUAAACCCGAAGAUGAAGUUGAUAACGAAUGCCACGUGAGAAGUGAAACAACAUUUUCUUUGACUUUCCAAGUCUUUAUACCAUUUAUAAUUGCCGGCUAUGGUACGUGUGGAGCGGGGUUUCUUUUGGAUAUAAUACAGCAUUGGACUGUGUUUCGGGAAGUAAGCGAGUUAUUUAUUGUUGUACCGACUCUAUUAGGUUUGAAAGGAAACUUAGAAAUGACUUUAGCUUCUAGAUUAUCAACUCAGGCUAAUUUAGGAAAUUUCAAUACUGUGAAAAAAUUUUUACUUAUGGGUUGGGGAAAUAUGGCAUUAAAAUUGGCCCAAGCAUCAACUAUGGGUUUCAUUGCAGCUAUAUUUGCUGUUAUUAUGGAUACCGUCCAGUCAGGAAAAUUUAAUUAUCAACAUGCGCUAUUGAUCAGUUGCAGUAGCAUCUCUACAGGAGCCAUUACUACAAUAGGAUUAGGUACAAUUACUACAACGGUCGUCUUUGUAUCACAUCUAUAUAACAUCAAUCCAGAUAACAUCGCAACACCAGUGGCUGCUUCUCUUGGAGAUAUAACUACUUUGGGUGUUCUAGCAAUUAUUUCUGAAAAAAUUUACGAAACUCCAGAUUUUUUCAUUAUCUCGGGUGUUGCAAUUGUAAUUUUGUUGUUGCUGGUGCCACUUUGGAUUUAUUUUGCUAGAAAAAAUAUCUAUACUAGACGCCUAAUAUUAACUGGUUGGUCACCAGUCCUCAUUGCUGCUGGAAUUACCAGUGGAGGAGGUUUUAUUUUGCAAUAUGCUGUUAAACAUUACGAAGGAAUGGCCGUCUUUCAACCCGUUAUAAACGGUAUUGCUGGAAAUUUAGUUGCCGUACAAGCUAGUCGCAUUUCUACUUAUUGUCACCAAAGAGCCGAAUUAGGGAAGUUGCCGAAAGAAAGUAAUAAAAUAUGUAUACUUCCAUACGCAGCAUUUUUCGGAAAACAUGAUAAUUCACGUACAGCUAGAAUUCUCUUGUUAAUGAUAAUUCCCGGACAUUUAAUAUUUUCUUACAGCAUUCAUUUAAUUAAGCACGGAAAUACAAGCCUUAACUGUGUUUUCCUUCCUAUUUAUUUAGUUGCUACUCUUAUACAGAUGAUUAUAUUAUUAUACAUUGCACACGUAAUGGUACAUUUAAUGUGGAGGUGGAAAAUCGAUCCCGAUAAUUCUGCAAUUCCAAUUUUAACAGCUUUAGGAGAUCUUUCGGGGACUGCUUUUUUAACUAUUGUGUUUUAUAUUUAUACCCAAACUCACUACGAAGAUGUGAAAUAAUGAUGUUCUCACUUAUGAAUCUUUAGAAAAAUUUUAUCAUUAAGAAAAUAAAUAACUUCACAAUUACGUGUUCGAUAAAGUAUUGUUUUUCACAUUUCUUAUUUAAUUUUAAAUACUCGAAAUUACUCAAUACUGUACAAAUCAAUACUUAUACAACUUUCGUGUUCUACAUCUAUGUAAUUUAUCCGCUUUCGCUCCAUAUAAUUUUGUGUAUUCUACAUCUAAACAUAUAGAAUAUAAUAGAGUGUAGAAAAUGCCGUAUAAAA